AUGAUGUCGCAUAAUCUCCAGCACCAUACGAGGAGUAUCCUCGCUCACAGUAGCAGGACUCUAUUAUUCUGCUCCUACACAAACGGAACCCUACCGUCUUCCCCAAGGCACAGCACUACUACUCUGCAUAGCCGUAUCGAAGCCGCUUCAGAAGGCAAAACAGCAAUCACUAGGGUUCUUGAACAAUGGAGACGUCAACAAAAAGGUAAGCAAAUAAACCCUUCGAUGGUGAGAGUACUCGUGGAGGAGCUUAGAGACUCGCAACGUUUUCGUCAAGCCCUAGAGGUAUCUGACUGGAUGAUUGAGCAUAAGCUAUGCAACCUCAUCCCUGAAGACUUCACAGCUAGGUUUUGUCUUAUAGAGAACGUGUUGGGGUUGAAAGAAGCUGAGAAGUUCUUUGAGAGCGUCCCGGAGAAUCAGAGAGGUGAAGCGAUCUACACCGCUUUGUUGAACAGUUACACGGUGAAGAAGGAUCUUGUUAAAGCUGAAGGUACUUUCAAGAACAUGAGGGAGAUAGGUUUGCUUUUGAAGCCUUUGCCUUACAACUCGAUGAUGUCUCUCUACUUCUCUGUCCGAAAGAGAGACAAGGUCGAUGAGAUUAUGCGAGAGAUGAAGGAGAACAACGUUCAGUUUGAUACUCUCACCGUGAACAUUGCUUUGAGAGUGUAUGCUUCUGUGUCUGACUUGUUGGCAAUGGAGAAGCUUCUUGCUCAUUGGGAAGGGACUAUAACGCUGCAUUGCCUCACGUCACUUGACAUGGCAAAGGCUUAUCUAAGAAAUGGUUUCAAGGUUAAGGCGAGGGAGAUGCUUCUUAGAACAGAAGAGGACCACAUAGAUCCUGAGUCCUAUGCUGAACUCUUGACGCUAUAUGGUGAAGCUGGAGAGAGAGAAGACGUUUACCGUAUAUGGGACUUGUACAAGAUGACAGAGAAGCAAGAUAAUGAUGGGUUUAGAGCUUUGUUUGGAUCUCUCUUGAAGCUUAAUGAUCUCAGUGGGGCAGAGGAGAUUUACUACAACGAGUGGGAUGGCUCUGGUCUUGAUUUCGAUGUCCGAAUCCCGACAAUGUUGGCUUCUGGUUACCGCGAAAAGGGACUCGUUAAGAAGGCAGAUAAGCUGAUGAUUAAAACCAUAAGAAAUGAAAAAAUGGUUAGACCUAUUGGUCAGUUGCUUGUGGAAUGGGGCAAGAAAGGGAACCUAGUGGAGCCUUCUUACAUGAGAGAACUUAUCAAGGAUCUUUGUGACUCAAAACAAUACCCUAAAGCACUUGAGGCAUCAACAUGGGUGAGUGAAAGAAACUUGUUUGCUCUUUUCCCUGAGGACUAUGCAGCUAGGCUUCAUCUCAUUGACAAUGUAUUAGGUUUGGAACAAGCAGAGAAGUUUUUUAAUUGUAGCAUGCCUGAGAACAUGAAGAACUACUCUGUCUACUCUACACUCCUAACCACAUACACAAGAUCAUCCAAAACUGUGGAUAAAGCAGAAGCCACUUUUGAGAAGAUGGAAGAGCUAGGGUUCCUAUUAAACUCCACACCAUUCAACUCAAUGAUAUCUCUCUACAGUGAGAUGAGAAAAAGAAGCAAGGUCAUGAAGCUUCUAGAGAAGAUGAAGGAGAAGAACAUAGAGCCGGAUAAUGUCAUAAUGAACCACGUUUUGAGAGUUAACGCAUAUGUAUCAGCCAUGGAAUGCAUGGAGAAGUAUAAGAGAGAAUGGGAAGACAAUAAUCUCAAACUUGAAGUGAGGACUAUGGAUGCAAUAGCAAAGGCUUACGAAGCAGAAGGGUCAACACUAAAGGCUAUAGAGAUAACGUCGAGUAAAAAAGAAGUGUACCGUCUAUGGGAUGCGUACAAGAAAGAUAGCGUGGGAGACAUGAGUAAUGAAGGGUAUAGAAGUGUGAUUAGGUCUUUGUUGAAGCUAGACGAUGUGAAAGGAGCACAAGAGGUAUUUAACGAGUGGAAGCCAGAGAGAUACGAGUUUGAUUCUAGGAUUCCGAGUUUGCUGAUCUCUCGUUAUUGCGAGGAGGAGAAGUAUAAUGAAGUGAAGACAAGGGAUGUAAUGAAGUUGAGUAGAAAGAAGAGGAGAGGGUUGCAGUUUGAGUUGUUUAAGGAUGUAUGUGUUAUAUUAACGGCUACUUCAUUUGGGGUUGGGUUUGUUCCGUGCAUGGUAUGGAUUUGUGGAGGAGAGACCAUUACUGUUUGGGGCUCGCUAGGGGUAGUAGUCACUGGUAUUGUUUUAGCAGUUACAAAUUCUUUUUGA